UUUCAGUCCAAGUGAUAGUAAGUUUGCCACCUGCUCGGAUGACGGAACGAUUAAAAUUUGGGACUUCCAACGCUGUCAAGAAGAAAGGACACUAAGAGGUCACGGAGCAGACGUUAAAUGUGUCCACUGGCACCCUCAGAAGGGCCUUGUCAUCUCUGGCAGCAAGGAUAACCAACAGCCCGUCAAACUGUGGGAUCCCAAGACUGGGCAGUCGCUCGCUACUUUACAUGCGCACAAGUCAACGGUUAUGGACGUCAAGUGGAACAACAAUGGCAACUGGCUGGUAACGGCGUCCAGGGACCACUUACUCAAGCUGUUCGACGUGCGGAACUUGUCAUCCGAGGUGCAGACAUUCCGUGGCCACAAGAAGGAGAGCAGCUCUGUCGCCUGGCAUCCGUACCACGAAGGGUUGUUCUGCAGCGGGGGCUCGGACGGAGCCAUACUCUUCUGGCAUGUGGGAGCUGACAAGGAGGUGGGAGCGAUAGAACAAGCGCAUGACAGCAUUGUGUGGACUCUGGCGUGGCACCCGCUCGGUCACAUCUUGUGUUCAGGAAGUAACGACCAUUCGAGCAAGUUCUGGACACGCAAUCGACCUGGCGACCUCAUGAGGGACAAGUACAACCUCAACACACUGCCCGCCAACAUGUCAGGCCUCGACGAGAACGAAAUCGAUGACCUGAGUGUGAUACCUGGCAUGGGUCCAGAGGACAAAGUUGAGACCAUCAACCCUGCCUCUGACAACUCUGGAGCUAUCCCCGGUCUGGACAUCGAUUCUACAGAUGAGAAAGUCAAAGUUGUUCUGAAGAAGGUGCCGUAUUCUAAACCAAUCCCGAAGAACUUUCAAGCCCAUUGGAACCACGCUGCUGUUGGUGAUGAUGAUAAGGAUGGAUUUGACCCCAUCGAACUCAUCAAUCAGUUGAUCGUAAAUCAACCUGGAGUUAUCCCGUUGGCAGAAAUCGAGCCAGAAAGUUUGAUCAUUUACGGGAAACAAAUUGACCUGAAACCUACGGACGACCUGACGUUAGCCAUCAAGAAGGGCUCAGAAGCUUUUGCUCGGUUCAUCAAUUCGGGUGCAGUGGAGGAGCUGAACGAUGUCAGGCCUUACAUGGACCUGAGUGACGACGAGUCCAAACCUGCGUCCUCAACCCCUGUCCCCGACAACGAGAACCAAGACUCCACUUCUGCGGACCAUGAAGAUUCUUGGCAGAACAGCAACCGAAGUGAAGACACUCAGCAGUCCCAGUCACAGCAGCCUCUGUUAGGUUCUCAGGAUCAAGACAUGAGGCAUCUGUUGAUGCAACCUCCCCCAUCGUUCCCGGGUCUUGAGGAGCAGAGGCUACGACCUCCACCUCCUCUACCUUCACCCCAACAAGGAGAAAUGUUCCGCUCCAUGGCGCCACCAGAACCAUUCCGUCCUCCAGACAACUUCCGGCAAGGCUUCCCACACGAUAUCCAGAAUCAGAAUAGAGACUUCCAGCGUCCGAUGCCGAGCAGAGAGUUCAACAGGACGCCGGACUUCAGAGAGGACAUGUACAGAGGUCCUGGGGAGCCGUUUAGGCCUGACUUCGGAAUGAGAGGCAGACAAGAUCGAUCCCCACCGCCUUUCCGGGGGAGGAACCAAGGGUUCAUCAACGAUCAGGAGGACACCAGGUCGAGCUUUCCCGAGGAUCAGGAUAUGCGGGCGUCCUUUGGGAACGGCGAUUAUGACGACGAUGGUGAUGGAGACGGUGAUCAGUGGAACAAUGAGGAACGUUUCAGAGACAGUUACGACUGGAAUGACGAGGGCAUGGACGAAGAUGAACCGAUGGAUGAAGAUUAUCGUAAUGGAGACAGGAGGUACCAGCAACAGUCUUACCAGCAGAAGAAGUUCCCCAGAGGUCCGAGAAGUAGAGGUAGUCCUCGUGGCGGCAGAGGGAUGGAUAGGGGAAGGAGAAUGAGGGGGAGGGGAAGAGGGGGGUCAAGGGGUGGUGGGUUCAGACCGAGAGGGCGAAACCCUCGCAGAUAG